AUGACAGAAGUAUCAUCAUUAAAAGUAUCAGGUGACGAAAACGACUACAUUGAUGAAAAGAAAGUUCAACAGGAUACAGUGAAUCAUAUCGCUGAUGAUGUUGAGAUUGAACCCAUCUUAAGUAUGGUCAUCUCUCCUAAUGGGGAGAAGAUAAUAGUUGAUAUGGCUCAUGCAGACGAAGCCCUUCAAUUUGCCAGGGAAGCUGAAGGUAUUGUAGUUACACCAGAAGAAGACAGAAAAUUAUGCUGGAAAAUCGAUAUGUGCAUGUUUCCACUUAUGUGUCUUAUUUAUGCGGUCCAAUUUAUGGAUAAGAUCGCUACAGGUUCUGCAGCGGUUAUGGGUUUAAGAACGGAUUUAAAAAUGAAGGGUAACCAAUACUCUUGGGUCGGUUCUGCUUUCUAUUUCGGUUACCUAUUUAUGAACUUGGGACCAGUUCAACUAAUUUUUCAAAAGACAAAAUAUAUGUCCAAAGUCCUUGCUGUAUUCAUCAUGAUAUGGGGGAUAAUUCUUACAUGCCAUGCUGCACCAAGUGUAAAUUAUGCCUCAUUUAUUGCUUUAAGAGUACUUUUAGGAUGUGCAGAGAGUGUUGUGACACCUUGUUUCACAAUCAUUACAGCUCAAUAUUGGAAAACAAGUGAACAAUUUACCAGAAUUUCUAUUUGGUUUGGUAUGAACGGUCUGGGUUCUAUUAUCCUAAAUUCCAUGGCAUAUGGUAUUUAUAUUCACAAGGAUUCAUAUCAUAUCGAAGCUUGGAGAUUGCUGUUCGUUGUUACAGGUGUCAUCACUAUAUUCCUUGGAUUUUUAAUAUUCUUGUGGAUACCUGACGAUCCAUCAAACGCUCGUUUCCUCUCCAGACAUGAAAAAUUGAUGGUUGUUCAAAGAAUUAGAUCUAAUCAACAAGGUUUUGGUAAUCGUGAAAUUAAAAAAUACCAAAUAGUUGAAGCCUUAAAGGAUGUGAGAACUUGGCUAUAUUUUGCGUUUACUGUCUCUUCAAAUAUUCCAAACGGUGGUAUUUCAAAUUUUAUAUCAAUAUUAUUCAACACCGAUUUUGGUUACAGUACUAAAGAUACUUUAUUGAUGGGUAUCCCAACAGGUGCUGUAGAAAUUGUCGGUUGUCCAUUAUUUGGUAUACUUGCGGUAUAUGCAGCUCGUAAAAAGAUUCCUUUUUGGCAGAACAGACUUACUUGGGCUAUUUUUGCUGCUGUUUUGGCUCUUAUUGCAAGUUGUAUGUUAGGUUUUGCCCACAAAUCAAAAGGUGCCAGACUAGGAGGUGCAUAUCUUUGGUAUAUUUCUCCAGUAUCAUUUAUCUGUGUCCUUUCAAAUAUUAGUGCCAAUUCAUCUGGUUAUACCAAGAAAUGGACAGUCUCAUCUAUUAAUUUGGUGGCAUAUGCUGCUGCAAAUUUAGCUGGUCCACAAACAUUUAUUGCUAAGCAAGCUCCUGAUUACCAAGGUGCAAAGAUUGCCAUGGUUGUUUGUUACGCCUGUAUGAUUGUCAUAUUGUCCAUUUUACUCUUUAUAAAUAUUAGAGAAAAUAAGAGAAGAGAUAAAAUACAAGCUGAAAGGGGUGGUCCAGAAAAUUUACAAAACUUAGAAUUUGCAGACUGUACUGAUUUUGAAAAUCCCAACUUUAGAUACACUUUAUAG